CCCGCAUCUUUUGCUUUGUAUCAACGAUACUCCUCAACUUACCCAUAAUUCAAUACCACCACUGUGAUAGUGUUUCGCGCAGUCCUUUACCAUUUAAUGGUAGAUCCGAAGGUCUGAGUACGCCGAUUUUGUCUGCAAGACUGCCGGAACUUCCGCGCACAAUUCGAUCAUGUCUACCACUACCACCAUCACCGAGAGUGGCGCAACAAGAAAGAAACUCGCACGACCGCCGGUCAAGGUGGCAUGUACUUCCUGUCGUGCUUCUCGUACAAGAUGCGACGGCGUCAAACCUGUCUGCCAAAACUGCCUCAUGCGAAGUAAUGAAUGCCGAUAUCUAAAAAGCAACCGUGGUGGCCCACGAGUGUCGUCAAAGAAGGCUUCGCUGGUCGAAGGAAGGCGACAGCAGACUGGAAGCAAUGGCGAACAGGAUCAACAACUAAAUCCCCUAAUGGACACGGACAUUGACUGGAGCUCACUGAUGCUCUCGCCCGAAGAAUUGCACAACGAGCUGAUCGGCUCAAUGAUCGCCCCUGGAGCUGGACUGCUAGACCUAGAUCUGGACAACAAAAGUCACAGCGACGAAAUCUUUGACAGUAUCUUUGUCGAGGCGCCGAAAGCAGACGACAUUGUCUUUGAUGUCUUCGACUCAAGCAUACAAUCUCUUCCCUACAACCCAGUCAUUCGUCACUACAGUCACAACAAAGCAAUUCUUAAUGCAUACUACAUAUUCAUCCAUCCGUAUUUUCCGAUAUUGCCUCCUCCACAAGCGACAUUGGACGUUGAUGAUCCAGCCUCGGAGUCGACAGUCUUUGAACCUGCGUCGCCCCUGGUGAUGGCUUUAUUGGCUAUCCUGGUAUUGAUACCUCAUCCUGGCGACCUUUUCCCCGAUAGCGACGAAUCAGUCUGUCAAAGGCGGCAAGAGGCGCAUUCGUACUCGCAAAUGGCUAUGGAAAGCAUCGAAGUCGAGACAGAAUUGCUCGAAUCGGCCACCAGCCCUUCUGCUGCUCUCGAACACUCUGUAUUAGCGCACGCGGUCCUGAGCAUUUACGAGUAUGCGCAACGGGGCAAUUUAGCCAAAAUGCGGAAUCGCGCCUCCCAAGCCUAUGACGCAGCUAUACGACUCGGUCUCCACGACAUCACUGAUCUGCCUCCAGACGAAUGCACUGAGGCACGAAGGCGAGCUUGGUGGAUGACCUACAUUGUCGUCCUCCAGAGCGCUAUCGUCUCUAACACGCCUCCAAUCAUAACAAUCGACUUCCACCAAUUCAGGUCACCUCUUCCGACCAUUACCUCGGAUACGAACGCCUGGUACUUCUUCAUUGAGGCCCAACAGGUGAUCUUGCGAUGUACACAAUAUACUGUUGCGCUCAAGAAGGCGCUAGAUACCGGCAUGGAUCCAAACACGCUCCAUGACAAAAAAGCCAUGCUCGACAACGACAUCGACAUGAUAUUGCAAAAGCACUCCACACCGCAAGGCGAAGUGGACUUUUCGUCACCGCCGACUGAUUUUGAGGAGUGGACUGUUGCCAAGUCACUGCGAUCACAAGCGCUGAUCAAAGUCAACAGCGCAAGGAUCAAGUUGCACAGAUAUCGUGCCUUUCAGGACGUACCCGUCUUUACGCGGAAACAUUGUGACCUCGAUCAGACAGAUGCAUCUACGCCGCGCCAACUGGGCUGUGCUUGUCACUCGGUCGGUCCAAGAAUGUCACCAGUCAGCACAACAUUGCCUGGCGGCCGCAAGUCUACGACUCCGUCUCUCCCAGAUACGAAUAACAACGAGCCGUUCAACGACCCAUCUGCAGCAAAAACCUGCCUGAAAGCCGCCUUGGUGAUAGGACGGGCAUUCGAGGCUCUACCACUUCCCAACCCCAUACAACUCCCUCUGCCAGUCUGUGCUCCGUCUAUGCUGUCAAUAUCUUCGACGACCCAGGCACCGAGGACCAUGCCCGCCUUUGCCUGUUGUGCGAUGCAGAGUUGCUACACGCUCCUCACGCUAUGCUACAGGAGCCUAGAAAGGCAAUGUAUGUAUCAACGGAGUCUCGCAGCUGACAAAGGCUUGGAGGAAUUGUACGCUGGGGUCGCGAGGGUUUUAGCUGCGCUGCAGAACUAUUCGAUCGCCUUUGAAGCUUUGAAUGGCAUGACUCGUAAGUAA